AUGGGAAAGAUCACCUUUUAUGAGGAUCAGGGCUUUCAGGGUCUCUGCUAUGAGUGCAGCAGUGACUGUCCUAACCUGCAGACCUUCUUUAGUCGCUGCAACUCCAUCCGAGUGGACAGCGGUUGCUGGAUGCUCUAUGAGCGCCCCAACUACCAGGGGCAACAGUACUUCCUGCACCAGGGCGAGUACCCUGACUACCAGCAGUGGAUGGGCCUUAGCGACUCCGUUCGCUCCUGCUGUCUGAUCCCCUAUACAGCCUCCCACAGGAUGCGGCUGUUCGAGAGAGACGACUACAAAGGUCUCAUGAUGGAGCUGCUCGAAGACUGCUCCUGCCUCCAGGACCGAUUCCACCUCAGCGAGGUCCGCUCCCUCCAUGUGCUGGAGGGCUGCUGGGUCCUCUAUGAAAUGCCCAACUACAGUGGGCGACAGUACCUGCUGAGGCCGCGAGAGUACAGGCGGUAUCAGGACUGGGGGGCUGUGGAUGCUAAGGCAGGCUCUUUGCAGAGGGUGGUGGAUUUAUACUAAAAAUAGGUUAACACUACCAUUUUCUCAUUUUGGAAUCUAAUAAAGUAUUUAGUCUGCAUAGUUGGCAA